UGGGAGGAUCCUUCAACCGUAUAAAAGGUUGAAAUCACCCGAAACCAGUGGUCAGUCUUUUGUUCACAUUCGUCGUUGAACAUGAAGCUAUUUUUAGCGAUUUGCCUUCUGGCCGCGGCCUUCGCCGCUCCCUCUGAACGGACAAAGACAGACGUCCUUUUUGGUGAUAAUCAUCCCGAUGUGCCAUCAGUAUAUUCAGGAGCCCAAAGCGUCGAUACUGGAACUUCCUCGGGCUCAUUCACUGACAACAAAAGUUUCGAAUCCCCGAAGAGCAAUGUUGCCGCUGUCAAGUCCACGGUUGAUGCCAAUGAAGCUGAACGCACCGGUGUUGAGGUGCCUCAACAGGCCGCACACAUCGAAGAGAGUAACACCGCUUUGCCUAAGGACGAGUCAGUUAUUCCUGUCAAAAAUGAGGGUGUUUCAUCAACCAGUACCUUAGAACAAGGGCAAUCUGUCGAGUUUGAGCAGGGGAUCGUCAAGCCUACUGAGGAAAGUAAAGUGGAAUUGAAAUCGGCAGAAGUCAAUGCUGAACCCGCACAAAUAACAGCUGUCAAGACUGACUCGGAGAUAGUCGAACCGACAAACAAAGCUCAAGUGAAAGCUAAGACUGCCAAAAGCUUGGACAUCUCAGCCCAAAAAGAAUCCGCUAGCACUGCUGAAAAAGCAGUGAAGUCUGGUGAUGGAAUCAAAGUAGAAUUUGGAUCCGCCAGUUUGAACGCUCCUGCAGGUCGCUCUACGUUCGGUGCCGCCCCAACCCCCUUCCAGUCUAACUUUGGCACUCCUUAUGGACCUGGCUUUGGCUCUGGCUACCGCUCUCCUCUUGCCGAUCAGUCCUACUAUUCGUCUGGUUUCAAUGCAGUUCCUGGUUACACUCCAGGCUUCAAUAGUUUCGGCCAAAACAGAUAUGACCCCGCAUUCAAUCGCGGCUUUGGCUCCUUCGGUUUUGGUGCCAAGGAACCAGCCAAGUCUUCUGAUACCGCUACCGUAGAAGUCAAGUCCGUCAGCAGCGAAGCUUCAGCAGAUGCCAGCACGUCAGCCGUAAAGUCUGCUGUCGCAGAUGAUUCAACCGCGAAGGCACCUGCCAGUAAUUUUGAAGCAGCCACUGCUGGUGUCACAUCUCCCUUCCAAACCAAAUUCAGCUCACCCGCUGUGCCUGUUUUCGGAUCUGGCUACCGUUCUCCCUUCGCAGGCCAAUCCUAUCAUCCGUCUGCCUUUGGCGCAGUCUCUGGUUAUACUCCGGGCUUCAAUACCUUUAGCCAAAACAGAUAUGACCCGGCAUUCAAUCGCGGCUUUGGCUCCUUCGGUUUUGGUGCCAAGGAACCAGCCAAAUCUUCUGACACGGCUACCGUAGAAGUCAAGUCCGUCAGCAGCGAAGCUUCCGCAGAUGCCAGCACGUCAGCCGUAAAGUCUGCUGUCGCAGAUGAUUCAACCGCGAAGGCACCUGCCAGUAAUUUUGAAGCAGCCACUGCUGGUGUUACAUCUCCCUUCCAAACCAAAUUCAGCUCACCCGCUGUGCCUGUUUUCGGAUCUGGCUACCGUUCUCCCUUCGCAGGCCAAUUCUAUCAUCCGUCUGCCUCUGGCGCAGUCUCUGGUUAUACUCCGGGCUUCAAUACCUUUGGCCAAAACAGAUAUGACCCGGCAUUCAAUCGCGGCUUUGGCUCCUUCGGUUUUGGCGCCAAGGAAUCAACCAAGUCUUCUGACACGACUAAGGUAGAGAUCAAGUCUGUCAGUAGCGAAGCUUCCGCAGAUGCCAGCACGUCAGCCGUAAAGUCUGCUGUCGCAAAUGAUUCAACCGCGAAGGCACCUGCCAGUAAUUUUGAAGCAGCCACUGCUGGUGUCACAUCUCCCUUCCAAACCAAAUUCAGCUCACCCGCUGUGCCUGUUUUCGGAUCUGGCUACCGUUCUCCCUUCGCAGGCCAAUCCUAUUAUCCGUCUGCCUCUAGCGCAGUCUCUGGUUAUACUCCGGGCUUCAAUACCUUUGGCCAAAACAGAUAUGACCCGGCAUUCAAUCGCGGCUUUGGCUCCUUCGGUUUUGGCGCCAAGGAAUCAACCAAGUCUUCUGAUACGGCUAAGGUAGAGGUUAAGUCCGUCGGCAGCGAUAAUUUGAAAGAUACUGCCAAAACUGCCGUAGAAACUGCUUCUGUGAAGGACAAUGCACCGACUGAAGUACAAUCUGCUGAUGCUAACAAAUCUGCUGAGGCAUCUACUUCUGACAAGGACAACUCACUAGCUCAAGUACCUGCGACCGAUGCUGCAAAACCUACUGUAGAAUCUGCUCCUGUCUCCAACUCCCCGAUCGACGGAGUAGCAGACAGUGGUGCUGCCGUACAAUCUGUUCCUGUCACGAGUGUUUCAUCUGCUGGCGUACUAUCCAGUGGAUUCAGCAAAGCUGCCGUGCAAUCCGCAGUAAAAGACAGUGAUGCUGGUCUGACCACAAGCACUGUAGUAGCUCCCUUCCAAUCGACUGUCGACUCUUCUCUCAACUCACAGGUGGCUGCUGCAACACCAGUCAAGUCCGAUGAUGCGCCCACUACAGAAGCCAAACCAGCAAGCAGCGGAGCUGUUGCAGGCAGCGAGACAGCUUCCACACCAGCUGUAAGCUCACAGUCGGUUGUUAGCAAUGUAGCAACACCCACCGAAUCCAAAUUUGAUUCGCCUAGUGUAUCUACUUUUGGUUCCGACUAUCGUCCGACCUUCCCAAGCCAAUCCUUCAAUCGAUACCCCUAUGGCGCAGCUCCCGGAUACAAUUCUGGAUUUAACACGUUCGGAUACAACAAAUACAACCCAACUGCUUAUCCAGGCCACAGCUUCAGUUCAUCCGGUGCUCAAGAAACAGUCAAGUCCGCUGAUGCACCUGCUACAGAAAACAAACCAGCAAGCAUUGGAGCAGUUGCAGACACAGAGAAGGAUUCAGUGCAAGCUGUGGGCUCACCGUCAGUUACUAGCAAUGUAGCAACAUCCAGCCAAUCCAAAUUUGGUUCUCCCGGUGCAUCUACUUUCAUUUCCGGUUAUCGACCGACCUUCCCAAGCCAAUCCUUCAAUCAAUACCCCUAUGGUGCAGCUCCCGGGUACAAUUCUGGAUUCAACACGUUCGGAUACAACAAAUACAACCCAACUGUGUAUCCAGGCUUCAGCUUUACUCCAUCCGGUGCCCAAGAAACAGUCAAGUCCACUGAUGCGCCUGCCACAGAAACCAAACCAGCAAACAGUGGAUCUGUUGCAGACAACGAGAAGGCUUCAGUACCAGCUGUAAGCUCAUCGUCAGUUACUAGCAAUGUAGCAACAUCCAGCCAAUCCAAAUUUGGUUCUCCCGGUGCGUCUACUUUCGUUUCCGGUUAUCGACCGACCUUCCCAAGCCAAUCCUUCAAUCAAUACCCCUAUGGUGCAGCUCCCGGGUACAAUUCUGGAUUUAACACGUUCGGAUACAACAAAUACAACCCAACUGUGUAUCCAGGCUUCAGCUUUACUCCAUCCGGUGCCCAAGAAACAGUCAAGUCCACUGAUGCGCCUGCCACAGAAACCAAACCAGCAAGCAGUGGAGCAGUUGCAGACAACGAGAAGGCUUCAGUACCAGCUGUAAGCUCAUCGUCAGUUACUAGCAAUGUAGCAACAUCCAGCCAAUCCAAAUUUGGUUCUCCCGGUGCAUCUACUUUCGUUUCCGGUUAUCGACCGACCUUCCCAAGCCAAUCCUUCAAUCAAUACUCCUAUGGUGCAGCUCCCGGGUACAAUUCUGGAUUCAACACGUUCGGAUACAACAAAUACAACCCAACUGUGUAUCCAGGCUUCAGCUUUACUCCAUCCGGUGCCCAAGAAACAGUCAAGUCCACUGAUGCGCCUGCCACAGAAACCAAACCAGCAAACAGUGGAUCUGUUGCAGACAACGAGAAGGCUUCAGUACCAGCUGUAAGCUCAUCGUCAGUUACUAGCAAUGUAGCAACAUCCAGCCAAUCCAAAUUUGGUUCUCCCGGUGCAUCUACUUUCGUUUCCGGUUAUCGACCGACCUUCCCAAGCCAAUCCUUCAAUCAAUACCCCUAUGGUGCAGCUCCCGGGUACAAUUCUGGAUUUAACACGUUCGGAUACAACAAAUACAACCCAACUGUGUAUCCAGGCUUCAGCUUUACUCCAUCCGGUGCCCAAGAAACAGUCAAGUCCACUGAUGCGCCUGCCACAGAAACCAAACCAGCAAGCAGUGGAGCAGUUGCAGACAACGAGAAGGCUUCAGUACCAGCUGUAAGCUCAUCGUCAGUUACUAGCAAUGUAGCAACAUCCAGCCAAUCCAAAUUUGGGUCUCCCGGUGCAUCUACUUUCGUUUCCGGUUAUCGACCGACCUUCCCAAGCCAAUCCUUCAAUCAAUACCCCUAUGGUGCAGCUCCCGGGUACAAUUCUGGAUUUAACACGUUCGGAUACAACAAAUACAACCCAACUGUUUAUCCAGGCUACAGCAUUACUCCGUUUGGUACCAAGGAAUCAGUCAAGUUCGCUGACAAGGUUUCAUCCGAAGUUAAACCGACAGGCAACGAAUCUCCUGCAGAAAGCGAAAAAGCUACCGAUGGGUUUUAUAACGCCACGGAACUCUACCGCACUGCAGCAUUUGGUGCAGUUUCACCCUACACUCCGGGCUACAAUGCCUACAACAAUGCCAUUGGAACCAAUUACGGGCCCAGCGUUCAUUCCGCCUACCCAGGCUUCGGCAGUUACGACGGAAGCUAUCGACACAAUAACUUCUAUGGCAGACCUGAAAAUUACCAGGGUUACCAAGGCUACUUCGGUGCUGAUAAUCCUGCUUAUCCCUUCGCAAAAAUUACUGAUUCCCACUUACCUGCUGGCGUUAAGCAACAGUAUUACAUAGAUCACGCCAAGGCCGUACCUUACCAACAGCCCUUCCAGUACCGUACUGGUGCUCCGAUUGCAAUUGCAGCAUCUUUCACGGAGACUAAACCAACCUCAUCCACGUUCCAAUUCAACCGAGAAGAGUCCAAUACGUCAUCGGCUGUCCAACAAGUUUCUCAAAGUCAAGAACAGAAUUUGAAGAGCUCGCAGAGCCUGUAAGACGGAGCUGCAGAAUACAGUUGCCUCGACGAUUUCAUUGUCAGAGACAAGUUAAAAGGCUUCUCAAUGACCUCGCCAAUGGUGUGAAUUUAUUCUACUAUUUACAAUGAUUUUCGUGACAUAACUGACUCGUAGAACUUAACGUCCGAUUUCAUGAUAUUUAAGUGUUUAAGCGUGUCACGUUCAUGGAAACUCGAAAUGCAGAGAUUACUCGAGAGUCUUUUGUAAUUUGUGAAAAGAUUUUUUGAGAUGAUUGAAAAACUAUAUAUGUAUUCUAUUUUUAAUAGAAUGAACUUCAAUGAAAGCAGUUGGAUAAGAUGCACUACAUGAAGCAAAGUAUAAUUUUAAGGAGCUAUGUUUUAUUUGCCAAUAAAUAUCCUUCAUUAUGAA